UCGAAAAAAAAAUAAAAAGGCUUCUAGCAACGUGCAUCGGGAACAAAAGCAAGGAAAAUGGAUAAAUAUUUACAUGCAAAAGUUUUGCUGGUGUUGAUCUUGGUAAUAAAAAAGUUUGGCAUCCAUGCGGGAGACAAUCUCGCUCUGUUAUCGGCAACAUUAAAAACUUAUCAGCGUGCUGGUUGUGACAACGAGUACAUCACACUAAAUUGUCCUCGUGGCACGAGUAUAUCAAUUGAAUUAGCACAAUAUGGAAGUGAGGACAAUACCAAUCAACAUCUUUGUCCGGCACCAACAUCAGCGGCACCCGCAACAAAUGCAAUAUCUGACGUAGUUCAUAGCGGCACACAAGUGGAGAUUAAACCGCCAGAAACAUGCUCGUGGCCACAAGCUUUACAAUACUCACUUCUCCAAACUGUCGUUGAAAAUUGCCAGAAGAAGCGGCAUUGCAAGUUCCUGGCGUUGCCGAAGAACUUUAAAGGUGAUCCGUGUCCGGGAAAGCAGAAAUUUGUGGAAAUUGCAUACAAGUGUCGGCCAUAUGAGUUCCGCAGCAAAGUGGCAUGCGAAAAUGAUGUCAUACAACUGGUGUGCAAUCCGUAUUCGCGCGUUGCAAUUUAUAGCGCCAGCUUUGGCCGGACGGAGCACGAGAGCCUGCAGUGCAGCCAGAGUACGGGAUCGCGCGAGGAAACUUGCUUAGCGUCAUAUGCGACAGAAACCGUCAUGCAAAUGUGUCAUGGACGUCGACGAUGCAGUCUCUCGGCUGACAGCACAACAUUUGGUCGACCGUGCAAGGAACCACUGUCGCCAUAUCUCAAAGUUGUUUAUACGUGUGUGCCACGAAAAGUAUUGAAGGACCGGUACGACAGUGCACCGGAACCCGAUGAACCGCAACAGAUUGACUUGGAACAAGAUCAAGAUGAUUUGUACGACGACGACCAGUUUUAUCGUGAGAACGAGGCAAUUCCGCCAGCACCGAAACUCUCGAACAAAAACAAAUUUUCCGACAUUUCGACAGUGGCUACGUUAGCUGGCUUCGACAUCAUUGAUCGCAUCAAAGGUGACGACAAUAACUUGGAAGAAAACCAAGAAAAGUUUUACUGGUAUUUGAUUGCGAUAGUCACGGCCACUGUCUUGCUGUGUCUGAUUUUGGUCAUCGGUCGUCUCAUAGUACAGCGACGCCGUGAAACGAGUGACGAUACAAAGGCAGAACCCUCGAAUUCCGGAGAUACGCAACUGCCGAACGGUUUCUCCGAUGACAUCUCCGAAAUUGAUGCAGAUAUCGAUUUGCAAACAUCAUUGCCCUCCGGCAUACAUCACAACGUAAAUAAACAUGACCAGCAACCCACUUAUCCAACGUACACGCCAAGUCCCAGUCCUUAUGGCAAUUUGGGUCCAUCAAAUAUCUCGCAUACAUCCAGUACGAUGCUAGUUCCGCCACCAAGUAUGAUGUCAAGUCAUGCACCGAGCAUUAUAAGUGGGACAACGCCGAUGAUGAUGCAAUCAAAUCUGAAUGCUUACGGCAUGAAUACCAUCGCUCGUCACAGUACAGGGCCAUUGCAUGCGCAAGCGAUGCAUCCUCCGCAGUACAUGUCUGGCUCGAUUGUUGGUCACAUGGCGACUUUGCGACGCCAGCCACAAGCACUCCAACCGCAAAUACAUCAAUUGCAACCGCAGCAUCAUAGCUUAGACGAAUCGUUACCGAAGAGCCUUAGUAGGGGAGCGAAUCCCCAAUACUACUACGGAUGACAUCCAAUGCAUCAAUAUCCAAUUUCGUCGACGGCAUCAACUGGUGGCAUCGGUCACGGACACGGCAUUACAAUGUCUGCGUCGGCCCUGUGUAAAGAAACUCCCAAUAGUGUAAUUAGCUCAAGUAGUGGCAAUUAUUAUCCCGUAGCUCCAAUCAUCUCGUCAUCAUCAUCAUCGACGACGACGACGCCGCACACGUCUGCCACGACAUCUACCACAAAUGCCACACAUACGUCUAGCGAUCGGAAUUACUGUUUCUAGAAGGAACUCAUCGCAUGUAGUUACAGCAAUAAACAUUUUUUAGGUAACGCUAGGAAAAUUGACAAGAAUUUCAUUAGUGGUAAAAACUUUAUUUCUAUAAGCAAGACAAAUUUUAAUCAACUUAAUGAUAAGGAACAUGAUUUAGUGUAUUUGUAAAUGAAUUAUUACUCUUGUAAAACGGUGGAACUGGAAAAUCAAAUCAAAACACGUGUACAUAGUAUACUCUGUAAGUAAGUAGAAUCUUUUAUAUUCAAAAACACAAAAAUACAUGUAGAAACUAAAACUAAUGACAAAGCAGUCACGCAAGCAAAUACAUCGUUAUUUUGCAGUUUUAUCAUCAAAAAUCUGUACAAAAUAUUUAAGCACAUUAUCACAAUUAAUUUU